CUUUUGCCUUCGCAUUUUCAGUUCUUCCUUUUGCUCGGUCUCCGCGGUUCUUCGCUCCCCCUCCCCCUGGACUUUGGUCUGAGCCAAUGAAAAGGGGCGGGGCGGAGGGGGAGGAAAGGAGAAGGAAGCGAGCCCGUCUUAAAGGGACCGUAGCCAUUCUUAAGCUCUUUUUACAAUUUGGCAGCUACGAGUUCCGAAGGGUAGGUUCCGGGAAGCUGAGUACAGCUGGAGCCGCUAGGGCGGCCACUGGGCGCCGGGGCGCCUGCCCGCGGUUCCCCAUCGGAAGGGCGGGGUGUGCACGCCCUCUGCGCCCAGCACACACGGGGCCGGCGCAGGCGCUGGCCAGCUGCGAGCUUUCACCUGCGGAGCCGGGCCCGGGCAGCGGGGUGCGUGCGCUGAGCCGGACCGUGGGAUCGCGCUGCGGGGCUGGAACGGCCCUGGCACCUGCAGAACGGGCCCGGGACGGCCGGGGAGCCGCCGCGAUGGCGGGCGAGAACAUCUUCCUGUUCGUGCCCAACCUCAUCGGUUAUGCCCGGAUCGUCUUCGCCAUCAUUUCUUUCUACUUCAUGCCCUGCUGCCCCCUCACGGCCUCGUCCUUCUACCUGCUCAGUGGACUUCUGGACGCUUUCGAUGGACACGCCGCUCGAGCCCUUAAUCAAGGGACCCGAUUUGGGGCCAUGCUGGACAUGCUGACGGAUCGGUGCGCCACCAUGUGUCUGCUGGUCAACCUGGCCCUGCUGUACCCCCGGGCAACCCUUCUCUUUCAGCUCAGCAUGAGCUUGGAUGUGGCCAGCCACUGGCUGCACCUCCACAGCUCUGUGGUCCGAGGCAGUGAGAGUCACAAAAUGAUCGACCUGUCUGGGAAUCCAGUGCUUCGGAUCUACUACACCUCCAGGCCUGCUCUGUUCAUCAUGUGUGCCGGUAAUGAGCUCUUCUACUGCCUCCUCUAUCUGUUCCACUUCUCCGAGGGACCUCUAGUUGGCUCCGUGGGUCUUUUCCGGAUGGGCCUCUGGGUCACCGCCCCCAUUGCCUUGCUCAAGUCCCUCAUCAGCGUCAUCCACCUGGUCACAGCCGCCCGCAACAUAGCUGCCCUGGACGCAGCAGACCGGGCCAAGAAGAAGUGACCCUGGCACCUCCACCCCCACCCCCCAGCGCCCACUUGCCCUGGGAGGUCUCACUGUGCCACAUGGCUCCCCGUCCCCUCAGAGGAGGUCCCGCUCUCACGUCUACCUACUGUGUCGUCCGACCCACUGGGACGGCAACCAGCCUCUCAGGUGAGGUCACACUCUCCCGCUCUGCGAACCCCAGGGGUCCCAGGCAUAUGGCCUCCACAAUCAAGGAAAGAUGCUGACGAGGCCACACCAGUGUGGGUGAUGAUGCCCCUGGGGCCCCCAGGAGGCCUGUUGGAGGAACGGUAUUGUCACACCUGCUGGCUGGACCCCGGGGUCUGGCUGUACUGGAGAUUUGGGGGGCACUUGAGUAAGGAAGACGAUGUGAGGGGCUCAGUUCCCCAGAAGGCAGGGAAACCCUGACCAAAGGAAGUCUGGGUGUGUAUGUGGGGGCGGGGCGGGGUAACCACGCCCAGAAGAGAAGAGGCUUCUAGAUCCUUCCCCGUUGCUGUCUCUGCACUGCCUUCCCGGGCCCUGGAAGCCUCGACAAUAAACGUGGGAGCUUCA